AUACUAUUCGGCAAAAUGGCGGAUGACUCGAACAGAGUGUCUACAGUAAAGAAACAUCACCAGCAGGCAAAUUUAAAUUAUAAUAGGCCAAAGUACCGAGAGGCUCGUUGGGAAAGGGCAGUAAAGGUUUACACCAUAAAUCUGGAGUCAAAGUAUGUUCUGGUCCAGGGUAUUCCUGCUGUGGGUGUGAAAAAGGAACUCUUGGAACUCUUUGCACUCUAUGGAGCUAUUGAUGAGUAUCGCAUCCUAGAUGACUACCCAACAGAACCUUUCACUGAAGUUUACUGGAUCAAGUUUCAAAGAAUCAAUUCAGCAAGGUACCAAAAAAUAUGCAUUACCUUUAAAAAUUGCCUAAUGGUUCAUUCUAGUGAAAAACAGCCAAAUUCAAUUUAUGUUCAGCACUAUAGGAGACA